AUGAGGGGACAUGAUUCGAGAGAUUUCCGUUCUAGAUCACCUCGCCGGGAUACCAACCGUGAUUCCCGUCCCCGCCCGCGCUCUCCGCAGCCAUCUUUACAUCAGCCAAGCGUUUAUGUUAUUGACGUGCAUCUCAUGCACGAGAAAUUGAAGCAGGCUAUUCUACCAUCUGCCAAUAUCCCUAAUAACGCACAUGAUCUCUCUGUGCAGGGUAGAUCAGACGUAAAUGACCCUGCACAGCAGGGAUGGUGUGCGGGGAAUGAGAGCGGAUUAUUGGGCAGAAUGUGGUACUCUAUGGCUCGCGGCCCUACCAUUGAUGAACAAAGGCUUUGCCGGUGGGUCAUGCCAGUCAUCAACUCAGCAGGAGACGUACAGGAUCCACCACAGGCUCCCAAUGAAGUGAAUUGUGACGACGAGGAUGAUGAGAUUGACCCGAAUGAUAUGGUGGGCCCGAAAGAGCAGGGCUCAGCCCCUGGGCCUUCAGCCACAUCAGAUAUCUAUGCAAACAUGUCUGACGAUGACGACUGGUAA